AUGAUGUCUCAGUCUCUCAGGGCUUCGCGCUCCCUCUUCACCCGCGUCUCUCGGCAACAGAUCCCCUCUGUCGCUCGCCGCACCUUCCUGACUUCUGCUGUCCGUCGCGCCGACCCUGUCCAGGAACUCUACCUCCGUGAACUCCGUGCCUACAAGCCUACCCCCGUCAAGCCCGGCGAUGCUGAGGCCCACGUCCAGAAGUUCAGCGCUCCCGCUGCUCCCAAGUCCCCCGAAGAGGCGAGCCUUGCCAAUGAAUUGAGCUCCUACGAGACCCAGGAAGUUGAGGUUGAGGGCCAGGCUGCUAGCGGCGAGGCGGCCCCCGUUGAGGAGAGCUGGUUUGAGGAGGAAGAGGAAGAGACUCCCGCUGCUCACUAG